CUAGCCAUAGUCACUAUUCUCGUAUUGUGUCAAAGCGUCUUUCUUUCAUAUUAUAUAUAUAGUAUUAAAUACUAGCACUUCUUAAGGUAGCGUUUUGAGUUCUGUGUCAGAGAAAAAGAGUGAGGUUUUGGAGCUUUGAAGUGAUGGCUUCCACGCUGGUACUGGUUCUGGUCUUCAUUUUUGAUUUGGUUGCUUUUGCUCUUGCUGUUGCUGCUGAGCAGAGGAGGACUACUGCACGGUUAGAAAAGCAAGCCGACUACACCUACUGUGUGUAUGACAAUGAUAUCGCAACUGGCUUAGGCUUGGGGGCAAUUAUUUUCUUGACAGCCAGUCAACUUCUUAUAAUGGUGUUGAGCCGAUGCUUGUGCUGUGGGAAGGCUUUGAGGCCGAGCAGUUCGAGGUCUUGGGCCAUAGCUCUGUUCAUUUCUAGCUGGGUCUUCUUUGUCAUUGCCGUGUCAUGUUUGCUCGGCGCAUCAGUGAGAAAUGCGUACCACACCAAGUACAGGAGAGCAUUUUCAUGUAAGGUAGUAAGGAAAGGUAUCUUUGGAGCCGGAGCUGCAUUUGUUGUGUUUACAGGUAUAGUCACAGAGCUCUUUUAUGUUAGCCACUCCAAGGCGAACGAUGGUCAGGCAACUUACGCCAGGGACACUGGUUUGAGAAUGGGGAACGUGUAGUAACUCUCACGAAGAGGAAAAAAGGAUCUAAAGAAAAAUACAGGCUGCUUAAACAUCUGGUUGGUAGGCCAUCAUUAUUGUGUAAUUUUUAUCUGUAAAAAAACAAUAAUAGAGCAUGCUAUUCACAAAAAUUAUUGUAUUUUAUUAAAGCUUGUAUGAGUUUCUCUAUUGGGUAUCAUCUUAUGGAGAAUUAUAUUAGAUGGAAGUUUCUGUGUGUGUUCUUUCAA